CAGAGGAUCUUUGCGGCAGUCUGCGGCCACAGCUCCCAGCAGCGGAUGAUGAUGAUGAUGAUGAUGGUGACAGAUGGAGGCUGUGUGUGAUUGGGAUUAUUUUCGUUUCCCAGCAGCGGACAGAAACCGAGCAGCAGGCGGAGGAGGAAUGUGGAAGCGGCAUUUGAAGGGAUGAUGCCAGAUGCCUCAUGGUAUCCACGGAGAAGAUCAGGGCCUCAUCGCUGAGCCUCUGGAUGUCCUGUCCAGCUCCACGCCGACUGCAGGAUGGACCAAACUUCUCCCUCCGUCUACAUCAGAAGAUGAUUUUUGACUGAUGAUAUUUGCAGCUUGUGUUCUAUUGUUUUUUUUUAUGAUUUGACUUCACUCAGAGCUGUUGGAACAUUGCAGCAGCGUUCCUUGCCCCGGGAUUUCGUCAUGAGGCUGUGCAGGGCAGCCCGGGAUUAGGAAGCCUGUUGGGGUGUCUGCGCUCCCUCUGCAGGAUGAAAGAGGAGCUGUGGACCUUCUGUAGGCAGAUGAUACAGUUCCCCGACAUAGAGGGACAGCUCGGUGCUCUGGUCCUUCCAGUCUGGCUGCUGGAAGCUGAUGUUCUGGAUGGAGAUCAGUGAGAGGAUACGGCAGCUUCACUGACCAACAGGAACACGAACCAAGCGCAGAGGAAGCGUCUGUGAGAUCCGCGCGCUCGGGUGGGAACACCUGAGCCAGGGAAUGCUUGUCCACUCCAUAAAACGUCCUGAUCGGAACGCACGGGGACGAGAGCCAUCUUGAUUUUUAAAUCAGAACUCAAAGAGGGAAAGGUCCUCUCCCCCCCACUCACCUCAGGUGGGGGGGAGGGUGAAGGACUUCCUGUCUGAAGGUGUAGGCCCCAGGGCCUCAGGGCGUAGUUUUAGCUUGUAGAUUAGGCCUUGCUUUCGUUGGGCUCUUUUAGCUCCGCUCAGCGUUGUUUGGCUGGCGCCCGGCUCCAGCUGGACCUAACCGGGCCGGCCGGCAGCAUCCAGGUUCUUCACUUUCAGUCAGGCGUUAGCUAACUGGGAUCUUUCCGCUGUGUUUAGCCUGAGGUCAUGGAUGCCAAUCAGGGUCCAGGUUCAGGCAGUCCUGAAAGCCCCAACCGGGCCGUGGAGUACCUCCUGGAGCUGAACAACAUCAUCGAGAGCCAGCAGAAGCUUCUUGAGACCCAGCGGCGCCGAAUCGAGGAGCUGGAGGUCCAACUGGACCGCCUCAGCCAGGAGAACAAAGAUCUGCGUUUGGAUCGGCAGCCCGUCGCUCCGCCUCCUCCGGCGCCUCCUCCAGAGCCUCCCGUCCCGCCUCCGCCCCCGCCGCCGCCUCCUGCUCACUCCGCGGCAACCAAGAACCACCACCACCACCACAACAGCCAGCCCCCCCCUCAGCCGCCCACCUCCAUCCCCCUCCACCACAGCCACCAGUCUCACCACCAUCACCACCACCACCACCACCACCAGCAGCAGCAGCAGCAGCACCACUCCUACAACAGCAGCACCAACACCGCUCCCGUGCCGCCUCUGGCCUCGGCGAACCCGACCUCCAUCUCCGUGCCGACCCAGAUCCCGGCUCCGACCUCCCCCACCAGCCCGGCGCCGCCCCCGCCCCCGCCGCCGAUCCCGCCCAGAGAUCAGCCGCGGGCCCACGGCCGGCUGACCCGAAUGCCCUCCACCAGCACCGGGACGAACACCAACUUUGUGGAGAAGGAGAAGGAGCGUCUGGAGCGUCUGCACAGAGCCAACGCUGCCAACAACCACCACGCCCACACCCUGCACCACCAGAAACCCGUGGAGGGCGACCCUCAGUGUCCGGAGGUCCUCACCUUCUCCGACUCCUCCUUUGGCCAUCCUCCUCCCUUCCAUCACUACAGCAGCAGCCCCCUCACCAGCCCCUGUGACCCCUACGGUCCCGCCUCCAGCAGCGGGCCCCUGGGAGCCUCUCACUCACAGACACAGGGCAGCUCUCCCAUAUCUCCCCCCAGCCCUGCUAGCCUCGCCUGGGCUCAGCGCAGCAGACAUCAGCCAGCCAGCCUGGCGCUCCGCAAGCAAGAGGAGGAGGAGAGCAAACGCUGCAAGGCGCUAUCUGACAGCUAUGAGCUCUCUACAGACCUCCAGGACAAGAAGGUGGAGAUGUUGGAGAGGAAGUACGGGGGCCAGUUCGUGUCCCGGCGGGCAGCGAGGACGAUCCAGACGGCGUUCAGACGGUACCGCAUGAACAAGAAGUUCGAGAGGCUCCGCAGCUCCGCCUCGGAGAGCAGGAUGACCCGCCGCAUCAUCCUGUCCAACAUGAGGCUGCAGUAUUCGUUUGAUGAGCGGCAGCCACAGGGUCAGGGGUCACCGGGUCAGCAGGGUCCAGAGGACGCUAGAGACGUAGAGGACUCUUUCUCCAAGCAGGUGAAAUCUCUCGCCGACUCCAUGGACGACUCCCUCACCUGCCAGUCCGGCCGCGAAGACUCUCAAGAUGUCGGGGGAGAAGGAGAGGACGACGAGGACGAGGAGGAGGACGAGGAAGAGGAGGAGGAGGAGGAAGACGAGGAGGAAGACGAGGAGGUGGAUUACAGACAGUGUGGAUGGCACAACACGAACACGGCGUCUCGCCGCGUGCCCGGCCGGGUGGAGGGAGGCAGAGGAGGAGUGGCCAUGCACGAGGACAGCACCGCCACCUCCUUCAGUGACGUCACCCUCUACAUGGACGAAGCUUGCCUCCCGUCCUCGCCGCUGUCCCGUCCCGCCUCCAGCUCCGACACCGACUACUGGGGAGGAGGAGGAGGCGCAGGGGGGAGGGAGGACAGCAGAGAGACGGAGGGAGGCAGCAACGCCAGCCGGAGGAGCAGCACCCCCUGCACAGAGUGUCGAGGGGAGUACAGAGGCAGAGGAGGAGGAGGAGGGGGAGGAGGAGGAGGAGGACACCUUCCUGUCCUCACUAUUGAACCCCCGAGCGACAGUUCAGUGGACAUGAGCGACAGGUCAGAGCGUGGCUCUAUUGGACGUUUGGUUUAUGAGCAGGAGUCCUCAGGGGCGGAACGAGGAGGAGGCGAGAGGGGGAGAGGAGGAGGGGAAGGUGAGAGUGGAGAGGAAGAGCUCGGAGGAGGAAGCAGCGAAGCCGAAUCUCCACAGGGAACCAUCAAACACAAACCCAACGGCCGCUCGGUGGCCAUGGCACAAGGACAGACCCGCAGCCCCGCCAACGUCCCUCUGCCGAUGCCGUCGGCACGGACGCUGCCCUCCCACCCGCUCCAACACCCCCACCCCCACCCUCACCCCUCAGCCAUUCCCCACCUUCCCACCAUCCUCCACCACCACCCGCAGUACGCCCCGCCACACGUCAUGCACAUGCACCACGCCCAUGGCGGCAGCCCCUACAUGCAGCAUCCGCACCACUUCGCCCAGCACCACUACCACCACCUGCACCACCAGCACCACCACCUCCCCCACGCCUACCCAGAACCCCCCGCGUCUCCGCUGCCCUCGCCGGUCCCGCCUCUCACCCCUCUGUCCCCGCUGCCGCCGCCUCUCACGCCCUCCCCGAUGUCCUCGUCCUCCUCGUCGGCGCUGCAGAACCUGGAGGGGCAGCAGCACCUCGCCCACCACCCCCACCUCCACCACCACCACCACCUGCUCUGCUCGGACGGAGACAACGAGAGCGUCAACUCCACCACCACCAACUCCAACGACGACACCACCGUCAACAACUGCAGCUCCGGCUCGUCCUCCAGGGACAGCCUGCGGGAGCCGAUGGGCGGAGCCACGCUGGGGAAGCAGACCUACCAGAGGGACAGCCGCCACAGCUGGGACUCUCCCGCCUUCAACAACGACGUGGUGCAGCGGCGGCAGUACCGCAUUGGACUCAACCUGUUCAACAAGAAGCCGGAGAAGGGGAUCCAGUACCUGAUCGAGAAGGGCUUCGUGUCGGACACGCCGGUGGGCAUCGCCAGGUUCAUCCUGGAGCGGAAAGGGCUGAGCAGGCAGAUGAUCGGGGAGUUCCUGGGCAGCCGGCAGCAGUUCAACAAGGACGUCCUGGACUGUGUCCUGGACGAGAUGGACUUCUCUGGGAUGGACCUGGACGAAGCGCUGAGGAAGUUCCAGGCUCAGAUCAAAGUCCAGGGGGAAGCUCAGCGGGUGGAGCGGCUGGUGGAGGCCUUCAGUCAAAGGUACUGCGUCUGCAACCCGGUGCUGAUCCGGCAGUUCCAGAACCCGGACACUAUCUUCAUCCUGGCCUUCGCCAUCAUCCUCCUCAACACAGACAUGUACAGCCCCAACGUCAAGCCCGAAAGGAAGAUGAAGCUGGAGGACUUCAUCAAGAACCUGAGGGGUGUGGAUAACGGUCAGGAUAUCCCCAGAGACCUGCUGGUGGCCAUCUACGGACGCAUCCAGAAGUGGGAGCUGAGGACCAACGACGACCACGUGUCUCAGGUCCAGGCAGUGGAGAGGAUGGUUGUCGGCAAGAAACCGGUUCUGUCGCUGCCUCAUCGCAGGCUGGUCUGCUGCUGCCAGCUCUUCGAGGUUCCUGAUCCAAACCGAGCUCAGAGGAGCGGCGUCCAUCAGAGAGAAGUCUUCCUCUUCAACGACCUGCUCAUGGUAACUAAGAUCUUCCAGAAGAAGAAGACGUCGGUGACGUACAGUUUCAGGCAGUCGUUUCCUCUGCUCGACAUGCAGGUGCACACCUUCCAGAACACCUACUACCCUCAUGGUAUCCGGCUGACGUCGGCAAACCCCGGAGGAGAGAGGAAGGUGUUGAUCAUCUUCACGGCUCCGAGCCAGCAGGACCGAGCGCGCUUCACCUCGGACCUGCGGGAGAGCAUCGCAGAGGUCCAGGAGAUGGAGAAGUACAGGGUGGAGUCCGAGCUCGAGAAACAGAAAGGCAUGAUGCGUCCCGGCAUGUUGGCGGGAUCAGGCGGGAUGGGGACGUCAGGGAGCGGGACCAGCUCUGCAGGAGGGCCCAUGAAGGGCGAGGUGGUGAACGGCAUCCUGGGAAGGCCGAGCCUCGACGACACGUACGCCUCCGUGGACGGACUUAAACGGACAGCGCUCAGCUCCUCGCUCAGAGAUCUCUCAGAGACGGGGAAGCGAGGUCGUAGGAACAGUGUGGGCUCAUUGGACAGUACCAUUGAAGGUUCCAUUAUUAGCAGCCCACGGCCUCACCAACAGCGUCCCUUGCAGGGAGCAAGUCUGUCCUACAGCCCCAUGAUGGUCCCUUCGUCUCCAGCAGCUUACCGGCCACACCGCCCUACUCAGAGCCCCGGUACGGGGGUGGGGGGUGGGCCGGGGCUCUGUCACAACCAGGGAGGGGUCACUACGUCUCCUCUCGCGAGCGGGGUAGGGGCUGGGGGCGGAGGAGGGAUGGUGGGGGGCGGCGGCCAGAUUCCAGGAGCCCGAAUGGGGAAUUUCUUCGGCAGCCGAAGAGGCAAAGUUCCUGGUCCCCUGACGAUGAUGUCACCCCCUCCUCAGGGUCCACCGAGUCCUCUGAUGAUAUCAUCACCCCCCCAUUACCCCGCCCCCGCGCCUCCCAUCGCCCUCCCAUCCUCCCCUUCCCCAUGCCCCUCCCCAUCGCCCAACCUCGGCCAGUCGGACUCGGCAGGAGCUGGAGGGGGAGGAGGUCCGGGAGGGGGGCCGUCCAAGCUCCAGGUUUUGCACGCCCAGUACUGCCACGGCAACAGUGGAGGAGGCGGAGUCAAUGUUACUGGGCACCAGCAGCAGCAGACACCCCCUCCCCCCUACCAUCACCAUCACCGCUACCACAUGCAGAACAUGCCACAGCAUCACCCCCUGUCGCACCGGUUUUCCGCACCCCUACGGCAAGGGUGCGCUCCCUCUCACACCCAGCCACAUCAGAGGUUGCAGCAAGGCUCCGCCCAGCACCCCCGCUACAACAUGGCCGCUGGCUUUACAACACCCCCGCCGUUGUCCCCGCACUCCCCCGUCACUCCUACUACCCCGCACGGACUCUACCACCCGGGCAGGCCGGGUGGAGGCACCAAGCUCCCUCUGACCAUCUCCCACUCACAGCCCCACCCUCACGCUCAUACACACACUCACAACCAUGCCAUGCAUACACACUCCCCGCUAAGCCCCUCCCCCUCCGCAACAGGCUCCACCCACUUCAUCUUCUCCACCCCACCGCCACAGACUCCCUCAGCGCGUCUCGUCACCCAGACACCCCCUCAGCCCUAUACACCCCAGUACCCACCGCUGUCGUCCAUCCCGCCUCCGCCGCCACACUCCCCCUUACCUCCCCCGUCGUCUGCCCCGCUCUCCCCGCUCCCCCCAGGGGUGGGGCAAGGGGGAGGCCCCAAAUCGAAGCCCGUCAGCCGGAUCAGCACGGUCGUGUGAAGAAACAGAAAUCAAGGACAGUGGUGCGCAACCCUGCAGUGAGUCGGCAGGGGGCGAUAUUGAGACUGAGUGCGAGAGGGAAGAGGGGAAGAAGAGGGGGAGGACAGAUGCAGGUGUAUCAAAAUGGUCGCCUGAUGAGGAGAAGAGCUUUAAGAGCGGGGAAGAGGAAGUUACUCAGCCUGUGCUAUUUCCACAUCGACUUUCCUGGCAGGUAGAAAGGUGUUUAAGGGGUAAUUGCUUCUCUGCAGGGGCAAAGCUCCAACUUAGGUCUAAUAAUGUCCUCAUCUUCCCUUCAUACUGCCCCGUGAGGUGAGCCGAGACUCAGUUGGACAUUUUUGUAGUUCUUCACUGAAAGACAAAGUGUUCGUCUCAUGUUGUGAGUACCUUAUUAACAUUUUUGUGUCGCUGUAGUGGACAAAUGGUUGAGGGACCAGUCAGGAAGGGAACAGUGCCUCAAGAUAAAACACGAGGGUUCGUGCUCAGAGUUGAAGGGACAGUUUGGGUUUUUCCCUGAGAAGGAGUCCAAAAAUAACAGUAGUUUUACACCAUGUUGUUCAGCACAAAAAUCAACACUUUAUUUUUGAUUUUGACAUAUUUACAAGCCAUGUGGCAGAGGCAGUGGUGUUUAACAUUAAUAUGGUGGCGUUUGUGUCUUAGACAGGCGUGCAUGACCUGUGCAAUAGCUAAUGAUUAUCAGUGUGUUUCUGGUUAAUAUCCAUUAUGCAGGGAUAGAUUUGUCGCGAUGCAAAGCCCCGAUCCAGCGUUUUAUUUGACCACGAGAAGUGAAGCUGCCUGAAGACUUUACUCUCUGGACGAUAAACUUCCUAAAACCUUUAAAUAAGCCAUCUAAACAAAAACUACAGGUGUCUUUGUUUUUGUUCUGCAAAAACUACUAAAAGCCUUUAGUGUUUGUGGAUUACAGGGUUUCAGCAGGGGGCGCUAUACUGUUGUUUUGGAAUGGGACUUUUCCAGAAUUCCUCACCUAUUUCCUGUAAAUUUGGGGAUUCUUUGUACUAAAUCUGUGAAUGCUCUCGUCCUUUAUCAAAUACCCCAGUAUAUAUGACAGUGUACGGCUGAAUUUGUCAGAAAUAAUAAUAUCUGUCAUUUGUAUUUGGUGCUCCAUGAUGUGUUUGCGACCCUGAAAGUUGCCAGAGAAGGAGAUUACGAUGAAAGAUACCAAACAGAGGAAUACAAUGUUGUUGUUGUUUUCUAUUGAUGAAGAGGCUGGAGCUACUCUACUUAAGAUACAAACAUGAUGUUUUUAUUUUUGAUUUAAUUAAACAAGAUCACCUUA